CUUCUCCGCCGAUGCUGCCAGACCUGCUGAGUUUUUCCAGUUGACAACCCCCAGCGCAACAUUAUCCUCACUUUCAGAAAGCAGAUAUUGCCCUGGAGAUUACCUUCUGAAAAUUCUGGGAUUCCUCAUUGACUUGAAGCUCCUUUUGUAAUGAAGAUGAUCUGACCUAUGACUCCAUGCAUCAGUCAUAGAGGCAUUAAGAAUGAAUUACUUCAUUGCACCGAAUGCUGCAACCUGCAGAGUACUUAAGACCUCUUUCAGACAACACUGGGACGUAGUGUGGAAAGAGCUGGUUUUCCAGCGUUUCAAUUUUUCUACCUUCCCAUCUCUUAAUUGUCGGAGAAAGGAUCUAAGCAAAUACGAGCAAGUGGACUGUAAGAAAUAUGCCUCCUUGGUCCGCUCCGUUGUCUCGACAAAGAUCAGCCCCCAGACCCCUGAGACCCUGCUCGGAGAGGAUGGCCUCUUGUACGGACCAGUCAUCAGAUCGAAGCCGGCCAGUAAAGAGCCGGAAGCCGAAAGCCCCCGAAACCUGGCUCCGUUCCUGAACUCUGAACGCCAGAUAGCUGAGCGUGAGCCAGGCUCCGUGCUCAAACUACCGUUACAGAAAAUGUCACGGAGGAAUCACUCUAAGACUAACUUGCCCAGCGUGACGCGCAUCCUGCAGCUCACCAUGAGUUUGGAGCAAGCAUUUUACUUGGAGCGGUGGAAACGGAGAAUGAUAACUGAGCUUGGCCGAGAUGGCUUUGAGGAGUACACUAAAAAUAUUCUGAAUCGAGGGAAGCUUUUCCAUUCUGCUUUGGAGGAGACUCUUCUCUCAACCAAAAUUCCAAAAACUGACGAUGAAGAAAUUGCAGGGUACUUGCACAGUGUGCAGGACAUCUUAGCAGACAUUAGAGGAACUCGAGUCUUGGAGAGUGUUGUGAGUCAUCUGCCAUUGCAGUACAUGGGAAUAGUAGACUGCGUUGCAGAAUAUCGGAGCAAGUUGUGUGUAAUUGAUUGGAAAACCUCUGAGAAACCAAAGCCUUAUUUUCGAAACACCUUUGAUAACCCACUCCAGGUAGCAGCAUAUGCUGGUGCCCUGAACCAUGAUGACAACUAUAACUUUCAGGUUGAACGGGGGCUGAUUGUGGUGGCUUACAAAGAUGGCUCACCUGCACACGCUCAUUUCAUGGACUGCGAACUGUUCCUCACCUGCUGGAAGAAAUGGCUGCUUCGACUGGAGAAAUACAAGGAGAAGUCAGGUGCUUCCAUGUGACCAGCUUGCGAAGAGUCUGGUGGCUAAAAGAACACUGCAGGAAAAUACACUGGGUA